UCAGAGCGCUGAGGGGCGGGACUUCCUGUUGCAGACCGUCUGAACCGCGCUUCCAUUGGCCGAAUCCAGCGCAGUCUGCUGGCGUUGGCGUUGGACGCCCCGGUGAUGGCCGACAUUAUGGGGCAGAGCCCAGGGGGCGGAGCCGAGCAGGUCCUGCACGGGGGAGGAGCCGGAGCCAAUAGCUGCAACCGCUGGUUCGACAAAGCCCUGCAGGUGAUUGUGGGUGCAGACGGUUCCUGUGGUCUCCUGUACGACCCGGAAGUCCUCGAUGGCGCCGUGGCUGCAGAAAUGGCCGACCACGCGCUCUCCUUCUGCCGAAGCUCCGCCCCUGGCCACGCCCCCUUGGUGCCGGUGCCCCGCCCCCAGCGGCUGCGUUUCUGCGUGGGGCCGGAAAUGGGGCCGGAAGUGCAGAGAGCCAGGAGGCACCUGGACAGGUGAUUAAUUAAUUAGCGCGCUCGUUAGCGCUCAUUAGGGUUGGUUGAGGCCGGUAGGGGGUAAUUGAGGGUUAAUUGGGGGUUAAUUGGAGGUACGUGGGGUUGUAGGUGGGGAUAGGGCAUGGUAAGAGGGGUUUAAUUAGUGUUUAUGUGGUUAUUAGGGAGCUAAUUGAUGGUUAAUUAGGGGGUGAUUAAGGGUUAAUUGGGGGCACGUGGGUCUGUAGUUGGGAAUAGGGCAGGUUAAGCGGAGUUAAUGGGUGUUAAUUGGGAUUGAUUAGUGUAUAGAUGUUAAUUGGGGAUUGAUUAGUGUUUAUUAGGGUUAUUAGGAAGCUAAUUGAUGGCUAAUUAGGGGGUUAUUAAGGGUUAAUUGAGGGUAGGUGGGGUAGUAAGUAGGAAUAGGGCACGUUAAUGGGUGUUAAUUAGGAUUGAUUAGUGCUUAGGUGUUAAUUGGGGAUUGAUUAGUGUUUAUUAGGGUUAUGAGGAAGCUAAUUGAUAGCUAAUUAGGGGGUAAUUAAGGGUUAAUUGGGAGUACGUGGGGCAGUAAGUGGGAAUUGGGGGACGUUAAGCGGGGUUAAUGGGUGUUAAUUGGGAUUGAUUAGUGUUUAGGUGUUAAUUGGGGAUUGAUCAGUGCUUAUUAGGGUUUUAGCUAGGUAACUGACUGGCUAAUUAGGGGGUAAUUAAGGGUUAAUUGAGCGGACAUGGGGCUAUAAGUGGGAAUAGAGCACGUUAAGCGGGGUUAAUGGGUGUUAAUUAGUGUUUAUUAGGCUUAUUAGCUAAUUGAUAGCUAAUUCGGGGGUAAUUAAGGGUUAAUUGGGAGUACGUGGGGCAGUAAGCGGGAAUUGGGGGACGUUAAGCGGGGUUAAUGGGUGUUAAUUGGGAUUGAUUAGUGUUUAG